AUUCAUAUCAGCCCAAAGCAGAAUUUGGAGUAUGGUUGGCUGGCUUAUAUGUUGGGAGACAGAAGUACAAAAAAGUUCUCUGAAUAUAGCAAAGUCUUUACAGUGGAGGGAAACUUAUCUUCUGGGAAGGGCAAGCUUGCACAACAAAUAGCAGAAAAGCUAGGGAUGAAAUAUUUCCCAGAAGCAGACAUCCAUUACCUAGACAGAAUCACAGCAGAUGGAACGCUGCUGCCUGAGAAAUUUAACGGCUUCUGUAACCUAGAGAGGUUUUACAAUGAUCCGAAAUGCCCGGAUGGACAUUCGUAUCGACUGCAGGCUUGGCUGUUCGGUAACCGCGUGUUACAGUAUGCUGAUGCGCUGGAGCAUCUGCUGAGCACAGGCCAAGGCGUGGUGAUGGAGCGCUCUCCCUACAGCGACUUUGUGUUUCUGGAUGCAAUGUUUAAAGAAGGCUAUAUCCACAAACGAUGUCUUGAUCACUACAAAGAGAUCAAAGAGAUCAGCAUUUGUGAAUUCCUGCCGCCUCACUUGGUCAUUUAUGUAGACGUACCUGUCCCAGAGGUGCAGAAGAGGAUUCAGGAGAAGGGCGAGCCCUAUGAGAAAAAGGUGUCUCCUUCGUAUCUCCAGAACAUUGAGGAUGCUUAUAAGAAAACCUUCUUACCAGAGAUCAGCGAGACCAGUGAAGUUCUGCAUUAUGUGGGAACUGAGGCAGAAGAUGUGGACAAGGUAAUCGAAGACAUUGAGUACCUGAAGUUUGACAAGGGGCCAUGGCUGGAGCAGGAUGAUGUUUCUUUCCAUCAUCUGAGACUUUACGUUCAGGACAAAGACGGAGUGCUGAAUCCUGUAGCCAUCCCUCGCUUCAUUCCAGAAAUCACAAUUGGAGGCAGCGAAUACGAUAAAAUCUAUCACGAGUAUCGAUCGCUUCCUGGUCGCAAUUAUAGGCCAGGCUACAAUGCUGAUGUUGGUGACAAGUGGAUCUGGCUGAAAUGA